AUGGUGCUGGCGCUGCGUUACCUGAGCGGUGCCUGCGGGCGGGCCCGCGUGGGUUUCCCCGGGGGCUUCUCUGCGGCGUGCGGGCCGGCGCGGGGGAGGCCCUGGCCGCUGUGCCAGGGUGGCCGUAGAGCCAGCACCCGUUCAUUUGAUGUAGUCAUUAUUGGUGGCGGAAUUGUGGGCCUCGCCUCUGCCAGAGCACUCAUCCUGCGACAUCCAGCACUUUCCAUUGGUGUUCUGGAAAAGGAGAAAGAUUUAGCUGUUCACCAGACUGGACAUAACAGUGGUGUCAUACAUAGUGGAAUUUAUUAUAAACCUGAAUCUCUGAAAGCUAAAUUGUGUGUACAAGGUGCAGCCCUCAUCUAUGAGUAUUGUAACCAAAAGGGAAUUUCCUACAAACAAUGUGGCAAGCUUAUAGUAGCUGUUGAACAAGAAGAAAUUCCCAGACUUCAAGCCCUAUAUGAGAGAGGCCUGCAGAACGGUGUCCAGGGCCUGAGGCUAAUCCAACAGGAGGAUAUAAAGAAGAAGGAGCCAUAUUGUAGGGGUCUAAUGGCUAUUGAUUGCCCAUACACCGGCAUUGUGGACUAUCGGCAGGUGGCUUUGUCAUUUGCCCAGGAUUUCCAAGAAGCAGGUGGCUUUGUCUUGACCAAUUUUGAAGUAAAAGAUCUUGAAAUGGCUAAAGAAAGUCCGUCAGGAAGUAAAGAUGGGACGAAAUAUCCAAUCGUUAUAAGGAAUACAAAGGGAGAGGAAGUUCAGUGUCAGUAUGUUGUGACAUGUGCAGGACUUUACUCGGACCGUAUUUCAGAGUUGAGUGGCUGUAAUCCUGAUCCUCAAAUUGUACCAUUCCGGGGAGAUUACCUGCUCUUGAAGCCAGAAAAAUGCUAUCUUGUAAAAGGAAAUAUUUAUCCGGUCCCAGAUAGCCGGUUUCCUUUCCUAGGGGUUCACUUCACACCGAGGAUGGAUGGUAGUAUUUGGCUAGGGCCUAAUGCGGUUCUUGCCUUUAAACGAGAGGGCUACAAACCCUUUGACUUCAGUGCCAGAGAUGUUAUGGAUGUAAUUAUCAAGAGUGGCUUGAUUAAAUUGGUGUUCCAGAAUUUUUCCUAUGGAGUUAACGAAAUGUAUAAAGCCUGUUUUCUCAGUGCAACAGUGAAGCACCUUCAAAAGUUUAUCCCUGAAAUUACUGUCAGUGAUAUACUGAGAGGUCCAGCUGGAGUAAGAGCCCAAGCCCUGGAUAGGGAUGGAAAUCUGGUAGAAGAUUUUGUAUUUGAUGGAGGAGUUGGGGAUAUUGGAAAUCGCAUUCUUCAUGUGAGAAAUGCACCUUCCCCUGCUGCUACUUCUUCUCUUGCAAUUUCUGGAAUGAUUGCAGAUGAAGUACAACAAAGAUUUAAGUUGUAAAUAAUGUAAGGAGCUGGUAUGCAUUUUAAUUUCCACAUUCAGCAACAAGAAUAUACUAAUUGCAUCCUUUAAGGAAAAUGAUUUGAAAAUCUCAUUUUUAGGUAUCUCGUUUAGGUAACAACUGAAUUGUUAGAAUGCUGUAACAUAGAAAUAAUAAUUUUUUAAAGUCCAUGCUCUUUUACCUUGUGAAUAAAGAAGGAAGGUACAGUUAUAUCUGUCCUGAAUCCCUGACUUUGUUAUUGACCUCUCCUUACCAACCAUGAUCUAGAGAUUUGGCUCUUCUAGAAUUUCUGGGAACGAAUGCACAAAAAAUUGAUUAUUCCCUUAACCUUUUGGCUUUAUGAUAUCUAAGCUUUUUUUUCUCUCCCAAAUAAGAAAAUAUAGUAUAUUGUAGGUUGUAAACCUCCUUUUAAUUUUAAUUAGUCAUAGGAAAACUCACAUUAUUUGGAGCAAUGGUAUUUGUA